AUGGGAUCCACGGAGGACAUCGUGAAGCAGGUGCUCGAGGAGGACGCCGCGCGCAAGAAGCAAAAGCACGGCGGCGGGAAGGGCCGCGCCCGCCCCGCGGCUGGUGCGUACGACUCCGACCCGGACAGCGACGGCGAGGGCCCCGCGCCGCGCGCUGACGACGCCGCGGAGGCCGCGGACGUUCCGGAGUGGGACCAGAGCGCGAAGGCGGCGGCGAUCAAGGGCCGGCGCGAGGAGCGGCGGCGCGAGAUCGAGGCUGGGAUUGACGACGUGCAGGAUGGCGAGGAGGGGGGGGAGUAUAAGAGGGGGGGCGUGGGGGACGUGGGCGGCAAGGCGGACGAGUACGAGUUCACGGCGUUCAAUUUGAAGGAGGAGCGUGAGCGGGGGGAGUUCAUGAAAGACGGGUCCUAUGUGUUCCACAAGCGCGACGACGACACGGACCUCGAGAGCGAGGAGGACGAGGAGAAGGACGCGUGGGUGCACUCUGGCGCGAAGGAGUCCCUGAUCGGCGACGAAGAGAAGCUGGCGCAAGUGAAACAACGGCUGCAGGAACAACAGGCGGCCAUGGACCGGAUGAUGAGCGGCGAGGGCAAGGGCGGGACGAGGCUGUCGCUCGCGGACGUGAUGACCAAGACACGCAUGCUCGUCGGAAUGCUCAAGCCCGAGGAGACUGUGGCGAAGGCUCUGAAGCGUCUCGGGGCGGGGCAGCAGCGGGGGCGCGGCGCGAAGGCGAAAGCUGCGGAGGGCGAGGACGCACGGGCCGCGGCGCUGCAGCGCGCGCAGGCGAUGCAACGCGAGCGCCUGAUGGACCUCGCGGAAGAGCUGGCCUCCACGAACAACGAAGAUAUCUACCACUCCACGCGGGAGGCCCUGCUCGCGUCCGUUGACGCCUUCACCGCGAAGAAGCCCCCGGCCUCCGACGGCGCAGGCCCCUCGGGCGUCGCACAAGCCGCCGCCGACGACGACGGCGACAUGUUCGCCGACGACUUCGACGCGAAGCCCGCGGCCGCCGCGAACGGCGCGAGCCGCAAGCGCGCGCGCGAGGACGACGACGGCGCUGCGCCGGCGGCCGCGAACGAACAAAACGCAGCCCCCGCGGCGAAGAAGAACAACCCCCCCUCCGAGAUUGACACGGCGCAGUUCGAGGGGUGGCCGGUCGCGGAGGUGCGGCGGUUCAUCGAGGAGCGCGGGGGGAGCGCGGAGGGGUGCGUGGAGCGCGCGGACCUGGUGCGGAAGGCCGCGGAGCUCGCGGCCGCCGGUCCCGACGGCCAGGACGAGGAGGUGGCGCCCGGGGUGCCGGCGGGGUACGUCCUGGACGCGUCGUCGGGGUACUAUUGGUCGGCGGAGGCGCAGAUGUACUACGACGCGGCGUCGCAGUCGUUCUUCGACCCCAAGAGUCAGAAGUGGUGUCGGUUCGACGGUCAGUCCAUGGUCCCCAUGUAA